AUGCGCUUCAAGAGGAUUUUUGUAGCAUUGAAGCCAAGUGUAGAUGGGUUCUUAGCAGGGUGUAGACCAUAUAUAGGUGUAGAUGCUACAAAACUGAAUGGUAAAUACACAGGUCAGUUGGCAUCAGCCACUGCUGUAGAUGGGCACAACUGGUUGUAUCACCUAGCAUAUGCUGUGUUAGAUUCAGAGACUGAGGAGAACUGGACUUGGUUUAUGGAGCAAUUGCAGAGAUUUGUAGGGAUACCAGAGGGCCUGGCCAUUUGUACAGAUGCAUGUAAAGGUCUUGAGACAGCAGUAGGUGCUGUUUUUCCAACUGCUGAGUACAGAGAGUGCAUGAGGCAUCUGUAUGGCAACUUCAUGAAGUCCUAUCAAGGAGAUGUGUUUACAGAGCACUUGUAUCCAGCUGCCAGAAGCUACACAGAGGAAUUAUUCAGGUGGCACAUGAAGAAAAUUUUUGAGGUUGCCCCAGAUGCUAUAGAUUUUCUGGAGGAGCAUCACAAUAAGUUAUGGUACAGAAGUGGAUUCUCAGAAUUCUCGAAGUGUGAUUAUUUGACCAACAAUGUUUCUGAGAGUUUCAAUGCUCAGAUAAGGCAUUUGAAGGGUCUGUUGCUACAUGAACUGGUUGAUGGUUUGAGAGAGCUGAUUAUGGAGAAGAGGUAUCUUAGGAAGAAGAUAGCAAGGCAGAUGGAAGAUGGAAUUCUGCCAAAUGUGAUGAAGGAACUGAAUGCAAUCAGCAUGAACCUGUAG